AUGCAUCGACUGUCAGCAGCGUUGACGGCGCCAACGCGUUCUUCAUCGCGUCUGUCGCUGGGGCGUCUAUUCAAGCAGCAGCCUAUUGAGGAAUUGCCGGAGCUUAGAAGCAUCUUGGCCGUGCAGAACCUGGUGGCUAAAAUCCCAGAGCAACCAAAGCCGCGUCGCCUAAACGAGAAUGACGCAUACCGUCAGUGGAUUGAGACGUACCGCAAUAGUAACUCGCUGAGUGCUCAGUCGCAACUGGACAAGGACGCUUUCAACGCAUUCGUGAAGGAGGCCAGCGACUACCUGCAGAAGCUGGAGAAUGAGGCUUUCGACGGUUGUGACAAGAUCGGACCAAUGGAGGACGAGGAGCUCAGUAGCCCCAAGGCCGACGCGUUCGUGGAGGCAGUCAAGAUGAAGCUGUCCAGACACAUUUGCACGCAGGCAGUGUCGAGCUUUGACUUGCUGGACAAGGACAAGGAUGGAAAAGUUCGUGUUGACGAGGUAGAGAAGCUCCUGCAGGUUGCAGCACAUGGCAAUGGAAUAGAAUGGCUGAAAAGUCAAUUUCAUUUGUACGAUGCAGACGGAGACGAUGUUGUGAAUGAGGCCGAAUCGAAGCUCAUUUUGGACUCCAUGAUCGCUACGCAGAAGGCGGUGAUGACUGAGAUUUUUGCUACUCACGUUGAGAGCAUGCCCAAAAAGCACGAGAAGCUCUUCACCAAGAGCCUGUCUGAGGAGGAUUUCAAGUCAAAGAUCCCGGAGAAGGUGCGCUGCGUUUUCCACUUUGCCAACAAGCUGGACGAGGAGCGCAAGACAUAUGACUGGGAACUGUUUGAGAACUCACAGAAGGUAGAGUUUCCUGAGCUGCACAACCUACUCGCCGUCUACGCAAAGGGUUUCUAUGACGAGAGGUUUACCUUUUAUGAGCGCAAACAGGAGAAGAGGAACACGCGGUACAAGGGUCUGCUCCUCGCUGCUGCCAUUGGCCUGGGUGACUACAUCGCCGCUGUGAUUUAG